UCGAAUUUAGUUUAUGAGCCGAGGGAAACGAUCAAUUUGGCCCUCUUGCUCUACUAUUUUUGAUAAACAUAUUUCUAUUCGAAAUAUUUAUCUUCCCAAAGACUUGCAUUUGAGAUACUUAUUUAGUGAAUGGAUGCUAGUUAAGUGCAUAACAAUUUAAAUAUUUUCCAAUCAAAUCCAGAUUGGAGAAAAAAAGUGAGCCCCUGCAAUGGAUUUUUCUGGAAUGCCUGGAUAUCGGCCUCCACACAAUCAGGAUACUCAGAGUAUGCCACCUCCGCCUCCAAACUUCACAUCGCAAAACUUGCACAGAGAUCCUGCUGUGUUCCCAAAUACAGCGAUUCCUCCCAGAAUGCCACCAGGAUAUCCCCCUUUAGGAGAUCCACACAUGCCUCCAGGGUAUUCAAUGGUGCCAGGACAGGAUCAGUCUAUGCCGUUAGGCUACCAGUCAGGGCCAAUGCAAAAUUCAUCGCUACCUCCUGGUUAUCACCCACAUAUGGGUAACCCAAUUACAUCAAGACCACCACAAAAUAUGCAGCAGAACUUCCAGAAUUCUAACCAAGGUACAAAUAUGCCACCACAGAAUUUUCAUCAGCAUGCAUCUCAACAGCACCAUCACAACAAUACCUACCAUAGCCACUCGACGCAACAUCAUCUGAAUGAUUUUCGCCACCAGCAGCGUCAGCAGCACCAACAACACCAACAUCAACAACGACAACAUCACCAGCAUCAGCAGCACCACCAGCACCACAAUGCUAUGAUCAAUGAAUUUCACCCCCAUCAAAAUGCCACUGCUGACUUCCAUUCUCAGCAAGAUUUCCAUUCACUGCAACAAAAUCAGAUUGUUGCUGAUUACCAUCAGCAAGAGUUCUCCCACCAUGAUUUCCGCCACAGCAGCCGUGAUCCUCAAAAUUUAAUGGGGGGAUACAUUGACCACAAUGCACUGGGCAUGCAAGGUAUGAUGGGAGAACAUGGCAUGAUGAAUCAAAUGGAUGGUCACAUGUUAGGUGGAGGAGAUGCUUACUCUCAACAUCAUAUGAUGCAAAUGUAUGGAGAUCCUGUGUUACAAGACCAAGGGGAAUUCAGGAAUUUGUUUAAUUUCAGUCCUAUGGGGUGUCAGCUAAUGGAUAAAGUUGCUAAUGCUAGUAUAACGUGUGUAAACUUUGAUGGCCAUCAAGAACUGUUGUGGGCUGGUAACCAAAGAGGCUAUGUUGCUUCAUAUUAUGGGACUGACUUCCAGAAAUACUCAGCUUUUAGAGUUAGUUUUGAUGAAGAUGUUCGCAUGAACCUCUCUUUUCCACAAGGAGUUCUCUCACUUACCCCAAAUCUUUUGCGGGGUACUCUUCGUCGAGGAUUAAGUGUAUUUUCAUUUAAGGAUGCACAUCUACAUGAUAUGCAGUGCAUGAUGAUGAGAGGGGAUACAUCAGUUUUAAUUGGUGGUCAUAACAAACAAGUGCUUGAAGUUGACAUCAUUCAGAACAGACUUAGCAACGUGUAUGAAGUGAAAGAUGCUGGCAUUGCUAUUUUUAGAAGCAAUGAUCGUUUCAUCUGUGGUGGUGACAGCACUGGCAAGGUCACUGUAUAUGAUGCUAAAACUAUGAGACCUGAACAAACUUUAGAAGCUCACAGCAGCUGUCUCUCUGAUUUUGACAUCCAUGACAACUUGCUGAUCACUUGUGGGUUCAGUAACAGAAUGAACACAUUGACUCCUGAUCGUCUCCUCAUGGUGUAUGAUAUGAGAGUGAUGAGAGCAAUGGCGCCUAUCCAAGUUUCAAUCGAUCCAACUUUCCUAAGAUUUGUUCCAACUAUACCAAAUCACCUUGUUGUAGUUUCUCAAAUGGGCAGCUUCCAGCUUGUUGAAACCAUAACAGGUGGGGCACCAAACACGCGUCUGUCUUACCCUGUAGAGACACAUGGAGCAUAUAUUGUGGCUUUUGAUGUUUCACAAACAUAUCAAGCUUUAGGAUUUGGAGACAGUUCAGGAAAUGUCCACCUGUUUGCAGCUAGUCCAAACAGUGUGUUCAACCCGUACUCAGAACCCACAGAAUUUGCUGAUCCAAUUGAAAGCCUCGAGCCGAUUGAUAUCAAUGAUGAAUUGGCAGCAUACUCAGCUGUUCCAAUGCCAUACCCAGCUCAAGGUCCACUGGUUUCAGACUUCCCAGAGCAUAUGAUGGCAAGAACUUACAGGAAACCAUUGCCCAUAGAUGCUGAUGUCUUGCGGACAAUGAAAGUCUAUCAGAACAUUGGAUAUGCACCAAAUACCAAUAAACAGAAGCGAAAUGUUAUUCCUUACAACCUGAACGAUAAAGGAAAUAAAGAUAGGAAGUCAAGCAUUCCAGAAUCCCCUAUGGGUCGUGGAGAAGAUCCAUUUAUGACAGUUCCAAAAAGAUAUCAGCGUGUAGAAAUAAAAUACUCCAAACUUGGUGUUGAAGAUUUUGACUUCCGUCAUUACAACAAAACUAAUUUAGCUGGUCUAGAGCCUCACAUUCCAAAUGCUUACUGUAAUUCAAUGCUUCAGGUACUGUACUACAUUGAGCCUUUGCGUUGUGCCUUACUUGGCCAUGUGUGUGAAAAGGAGUUUUGUCUGUCAUGUGAGCUUGGAUUUUUGUUCCACAUGCUGGAUCUGCAGAAGGGCAACACGUGUCAGGCAACCAACUUUCUACGAGCUUUCAGGACAAUGCCUCAGGUGUCGGCUUUAGGUUUAGUACUGCAUGAUGCAGAUGAAAGCAGUGGUAGAGUUGAUUUUCCCAGGCUUAUCCAAAGCUGGCAACGCUUUGUACUUAUGCAAAUACAUGAGGAAACUUGUGUGCGCGUAGAGUCCCAAGAAGGUGGAGUUGAAUCGAAACAAAGUGUGCAGAAAGGGGACGCUGAUGAUAAAAAACUAGCGGGUAAAAAGAAGAAAGGAAAGAAAAAUGGUCCAGAAAGCUCAGAUUCUGUUGAGAGUGAGGGAUCCAGAGAGGGUGAAAGUGAAGUUAGUGAAAAUUGUGAGGAAACAUCAGAUGAACCACAGGCGCCAAUGACCAGAUCAAUCAUUCGAGACUUAUUGGGCAUCAACAUCAAGUCCUCUUUACAGUGCAAAUGUGGCUUAACCAGCGAGAGAACUGUUGAUGGAACACAUAUCAAUCUCAUGUACCCAGACUGCCGUCCAAUGGGUCCAAACUCCCCACCCUUGUUUAUAAGUUUUGGGGAAGUUGUUCAACACAGCAUGACAGCAGCUACCAACAUUCAAGCUUGGUGUUCAACAUGUAACAGAUAUCAGCAUCAUUGCCAAAGAAAGAGCAUCCAAAAUCUGCCAGACAUCUUGGCCAUGAACUGUCAUACCGAAAAUGAAAAAAAUCUUGACUUCUGGAAAACUCAGUUCCAGGUUGUCCGUCAACGUCACAAGGAAACUGCCCCACCGAUGGCUUACAUAAGACCAUCCUCUCAGUCUGCUACCAAAUGUAGAUUUGGAAUGGCAUGUCACAGACCUGAUUGCCGCUUCCAACACGAUGGUCCCAGGCAAUGUGAAGCUGAAAUGAAGAAGAAACAGCCUGAAGAAGAUGAUGAAUUUGGACCCAGCUGGAUUCCUAUGGGAUUAAAAAUUGUUAGAAACCCAGAGGGUAGUGUUGAUGUCACUGAGAUCUCAGAUGAGGAACCCUUGCCCUUAAAGCAAGAUGAUGACACAAGGUACUAUGAGCUCUACAGCAUUGUGAGCCAUGUCCUCAGCUCCUCUGGUGGCAAUUUAGUUUGCUGCCUGAAGGUUGGUGAAAAAUAUCACCAGAGGAAAGAAAGGGUUACCUGCACCCAGUGGUAUCUGAUCAAUGACUUCUGCAUCACCCCUGUGGAAAAGGAUGAGGCUGUGGACUUCAAGCUUGACUGGAAUGUUCCCUGCAUUAUCCACUAUACGCGCAGGGAUUUUGUUCCACUUCAUGACCUUACUGUCAAGUCCUGGUCCAGCCCUGAUGUGUUGUGCAAGAACACGGCUCUACUGAACCCAGAGCGCCACAAGCUAACAUUCCUGCCAUUGCAACCAGAUGAACUUCCAAAAAGUGGUGAUAUUGUUGCACUGGAUGCAGAAUUUGUCUCACUCAAAGAGGAAGAAGCUGAACUACGAAGUGAUGGGACUCGCUCCACAUUGGUUCCUACCCAGAUGUCAGCAGCAAGAAUUACAUGCCUUAGGGGGUCAGGACCUAACAAAGGGGAGCCUUUCUUAGAUGAUUAUAUAGUCACUCAGGAACAGGUUGUUGACUACUUGACUCAGUACUCUGGUAUCAAACCAGGAGACCUGGACCCCAGUAUAUCUACAAAAUACUUGACCACACUGAAGGCCACCUAUCUGAAGUUGCGCUACCUCAUCGACAUUGGUGUUAUAUUUGUUGGCCAUGGCUUAAAGAAAGAUUUUAGAGUUAUCAACAUACUGGUACCUAAAGCUCAAGUUAUGGAUACUGUGGAUUUGUUUCAUCUUCCUAAGCAGCGAUACAUUUCACUCAAGUUUCUUGCAUGGUAUUAUCUGAAAAUCAAUAUUCAGUCUUACACCCAUGACUCAGUAGAAGAUGCUCGUACUGCUCUGCAGUUGUACAAGGAGUAUCAGCGUCUAAAAGAUGAGGGCCAGGACAAGGUAAUGACUGCAAUAAAAGAAUUGUAUGAAGCAGGUAGAAAGAUAUCAUGGGUGAUUCCUGAUGUUGCUGAUGUCUCUGGUGCAGACAUCAGUGAAGCAGAUUUCCUUUAGCUUUUAUUCCUGAGGUGUUGAGUGAAUUGACUUAGCUUGUCCAGGUUUUGGAUGCUGUUGCAGUUUCUGUCGCUUAAAUGAAGCUCAACUUUAGUAUAUUAAAAAAAAUAUUUUAUUUUUAAUUUUAACAUGUGUACACUGUUAAAGAGUAUCAUAAUUGCUUUCCAUCAUUUUUUUUUAAAAUUGUCAAACAACUAUUUAAAAAUUUCAUGAAAUACAAUGCUGUCAAAAUAAGGUCCUGAGAUAAAUGCAUAUUGAUGUUACUGCAAUAACUCCAUGUAUUGUCUGAAUCCUGAACGAGCAUGCUUUCACUCCUUGUGAUGUAUGUAAAGAUUUUUUGUGUGGAAAUAAUUUUUAUUUAUGAAGCCAUACUUAAACUAAACCCAAUUUUGAUUUUAAACCUUAAAAAAAAUGCAGUAUUCCAGUGUAAUGGCAUAUAGGCAAAAUCUUGGUAAUUUUGAUUUCAAUGUAUAAAAAAACAAACAAUGCUACAGUUUUUAUUAAUUUUAAAAUAAAUUCUAGAAAACUUUUUAUGUGUGCUUUCAGAAAAAACUGUACAUUUCCUUGCAAUAAUAUCUUAAUCCUUUUUUAUUACUUUUUUUAAAAGCAUUUUUAAAUUGUGUGCCUUUAGUGUUAUUUUUGCUUAGAUAAAAAAAAAAUUGGAGUGAAUUGUGUUUGUAAAAGUUAAAUGUAUAAAGUCAAUCAAAUCACAGGUGUGAGACAGGUGUAUCUCUUCAAGUCAAAUCAGAAUAUCAUGACCACGACAGAUCAAAACAGUGGCUUUCCACUUUUUCUAAACAAUUGUAUAUUUUUAUUCUAAAUAGCUAAAUGAUGGGGUUGGUAGAAUGUUGUGUAGUAAGUAGAAUUGUUGUAGAACUGUUGUAUUGAUCAUCCACUGCGAGUUGUUUCAAACAGAACCCACUUUGUGUUUAUCAACAUUUUAUACUUCUAUUCUCUAUGUUGGUUUUACUUUUAUCAAAAGAUUUCCCUGUGAUUUGGUCUAGUGAUACCACGCCCUGUCCCAAACAUCUGUAGCUUUACAACGGUUACACCAGCCCCUUCUUAAAACAAAAACACGUCACCUGUUUGUCAACUUUUUUUUUUUAAUAUUGCAUUACCAUGUGAUUUUAAAAACCACAAGGAAUACAAAUAAUUCUCAAGUCACCAUGAAAUUAUUGCGAAUUCAUCUUGGAAUAUUUUUUGCUGUUUUCUUUUUUUUUUCUGAGGGAUAAUUUGACGUUUUUUUUAAUAUGGUAAAAGUUUUCAACAAUUUUCAGAUAUAUCUUGUAAAUAACUGAUACACUUGAGCUCUCAUUUAACCUGUCAUUUAUUAACUACUGCAUGACUCUGCUGAAUUGUACAUUACUUGAUUCAUUUGGCCAUUCUUUCUACAGACAGUGCAAAGACUAUUAAAACUCUCAUAAUCUUAGGUUUUAGGCUAGUUUAUGUGUAAACAUAACCUAAUAGUGGGUUGUAAUGUUUUUUGGGUAAUAUUAAUCAUUGGCUACUAUUCACCUUUGUUUUCAUUCAAAAUCCAUGUAACUAAGUUACUUUGUACUUAACAAUAGCAAGCACUUUAAUGAAACGUGUACGGGUGUAUGCAUUUUUUUUUUAAACCUGGUCUGUUCAGAAGACCAAUUUUUACUAUUGUUAAACAUCCUAACUUUAAAAAUGUAGUCAUCUGUUGUAAUUUAAUUUUUCUUUUCCGCUAGUCUUGGGAUUAUGGCCUGUCUGUAAAACAGAACAUUUGAGUAGAUUUUUUUUCUUACUUCUUACCACUGAAGGACAUCUUUUUUUUUCCUCACUACUUGAUACUGAAGGACAACUGCAGACUUGUGAUGCCUCUAAUGGAUUGAGUUCAGUAGACAUUUUUUUUUAGCCCUUAGCAUUACUAAGCCAGCCUCAUCAGUUGUUUAGGUAUCAAGCAAUGCACUUGAAGAUAGCAUUGUGUGUAUUUUUACUACAUAUGGUAUGCAGUGAGUGAGUGCCCUUGUUUGUGCUAACCUAUGUUUAUAUUGGAAACCUUGAGCUACUCUGAUGUACCAGUGACACUGUUAUGACAGGUGUGUCACAUGAUCAGAUUUUAGUGGGGAGAUAACUAGUUUAUCACUGGAGAGAACCAAAUGCUAGUCCAUGAAACUCUGUUUCCAGAACAAGCAUUUACUGUAAUUCAUCUUUUCUAGCCUGUUGUAAAAAUUCAGAUAUGCAUUUUUUUUUCUCCUUCAAACCAGUAUUGUUUGGGAAUUGAAGUAUUCUAACAAAAACCUUAAUUUUUAAAAAUGUCUAAACAAUUACCAGAACGUUUCAAAUUAGUUUAUAAUUACUUUUUAAAACAUUGCUUUUCAAGCACAGUUGAAAUUAAUAGGAGAAAUUUGUUUCUAGCUAAAAAGAUAUUUACAGUAAUUGACACUGCCAUAUUGUACAGAACCAAAAAAAGUGUUUUUAAAUCUUUGUUGUCAUGUUGCUUGUUGUCCUAAGAUAAUAAAAUUAUAUGGAUACCUUUAA